AAUCAAACACCAUUAAUGGGAGAGAGGUGAGAGAGAGAGAGAGUGAGAUCCCGAAACAGAAAAAAAGCAAAAAAGAAAAAAAAAAAUCUCCCGCCAUCCCAAAAACGUUAACAAAAACCCUGAAAAAGUCGGAGUCUGGAAUAUCAAGGGCAAAAUGGAGCUGGCGGUGAUAGAUCUGAGCCCCUACUUGGAAUCGGGAUCGGAAUUGAAGGAGCUGUGCGGCGAGGUCAGUCGGAGUCUCAGAGAAACCGGAGCUCUCUUAGUCAAGGACCCCCGAUGUACGGCCCAGGACAACGAUCGCUUCCUCGAUAUGAUGGAGAACUACUUCGCCUCUUCUUCCGACUUCAAGCGACUCCACGAGAGGCCCCAAUUGCAUUACCAGGUCGGUGUGACUCCCGAGGGCGUGGAAGUGCCCAGAAGCCUGGUUGAUGAGGAAAUGCAGGAGAAAUUGAAGCAAAUGCCGAAACAAGUGCAGCCUUCCACUCCCAAGGGCCCUGAUUGCAAAUGGCGAUACAUGUGGAGAGUCGGUCCCAGACCAUCCAAAACCCGCUUUCAGGAACUUAAUGCGGAGCCAGUUGUACCUGAGGGUUUUCCUGAGUGGAAAGAAACCAUGGAUUCAUGGGGGUACAAGAUGAUUUCGGCAAUUGAGGCUGUUGCUGAAAUGGCUGCCAUUGGAUUUGGUUUGCCAAAGGAUGCAUUCACUUCCCUUAUGCAGCGGGGACCACACCUUCUAGCUCCAACUGGAAGUGACCUUCAGCGUUAUGGCCAAGAGGGUACUGUCUUUGCAGGAUAUCACUAUGACCUGAACUUUUUAACUAUUCAUGGCAGAAGUAGAUUCCCAGGGCUUAAUAUCUGGCUAAGAAAUGGGCAAAAAGUUGAAGUGAAGGUUCCUGUUGGAUGUCUGCUUAUUCAGACUGGAAAGCAGAUAGAAUGGUUAACUGGUGGAGAUUGCAUAGCUGGAAUGCAUGAAGUUGUUGUAACAGACAGGACAACUGAUGCAAUCAAACUAGCAAGGGAGCAAAAUCGCAUCUUAUGGAGAGUAUCUUCUACUUUGUUUGGCCACAUAGCAUCUGAUGCUGUCUUGAAGCCCUUAGGCCACUUUGCCGAUUCGCCACUUGCGAGUAAAUAUCCGCCCAUCUAUGCAGGGGAGUUUGUUGAACAAGAGCUUUCCGUAAUCAAUCUCAAAGGAAACAAAGGACAACUUUGAGAACUUGUAAAAGGGACUUGUUAUCCAAACAGCAUCGUGUGGAGGCCUUUCAGGAUGACAUUGACAUGAGUUGGAAUAAAGGAGGUUGAAUUGAUUAACUGUGAUUGUAGAACAAGCAUGGAUUACAAAAUUGUAUUGAGUCAGUGUUUAUAUCUAUGAAACAUUUAAGUGAAGAAAUUGAUCUUCACGGAUCCUUAAAUUGUCAUAAUGAUAUUUAUCAAUGAACUAAGUUUGGAUCUUUCUUGGUUGA